AAAAAAUACUAUAAUUUUGUAUUAAAUAUUAGAAAUUAAAAAAAAAUAAUAUGUUUCACCGGCUUUUACAUUUGCACCCUCACGUUGUAAUGUGAAAUCUCUCUUCCUUUCGCUCUUGCUCCUGCUUGUAUAAAUACAAACUUCCCGGUGUCAUAUAUCUCUCCUCACCAGCAAACAACAAGCAAAAAAAAAAAAGUUUAAGCCCUUUCAAGCCCCCAUUUUUCUCUUUCUCUUCACCCAUAAGUUGCAAUCUUCAUACCCUUUUGGUUUAAUCGUUUGUUUCUCUCAAAUCAAUCCUCAAAAGUCCAAAAAAAUUGUUAAAGAUUGAAGCUUUUUGAUCUUUAACUCUGUUUUUUAAGCUUUUCUUCUUGAUAAAUAUAUAUACACACAGAGAGGUGUGUAUAUAUAUUGAGAGAGGGGUUUCAAGAAGUACAGAUAGUAAAAAAGUGUGUGUAUCUGCAUCACAUAUCCAUGGCAUACAGAAGAGAGAGAUCAUCAUCAUCUUCAUCUGGUUCAAGGGAGAAGCUUCACAAUUUCACAUUGCCUGGGUUCAACUGGGGUGCUACAAGGCAGCUUAGGUGCAUGAAGGCGAACCCCAAUUCGAGGAUUCUUAUGCACCCAUCUUUAUCUGCUGCUCCGGUGACUGAUCAGAGCAGAGAGGCGGAAACUGAAGUGGCCCAUCUCGAACAGAAGAAUUCCGGCGGUGAAUUGGCUGUUUCUCCGGAGAAGAAUUCCGGCCACAUGGAGGAUCCGGUGGAGGAUCUUCAGAAGGGGUGUGAAGAAAUGAGAGUCUCUGAGAUGGAAGAGAAGAAGAAGGGGAAGGAGAAGGUUGCUGAAGAUGAUGGUACUGAGAAUAAGUCUGGUGGUGCAUGGACUUGGAAUUUGAGGACUCGGAAGAAUGCUUGUAAGGGGUCUCGGGGGAAUGAUGGGGAUGAUGUGAUGGUGGAUGUGCCUGCGGAAGGGGUUGUGGGGAGUGGCGGUGGUGGUGGUGGUGGCGGUGGUUCUUCUCCGGGUAGGAGGAUGGAUGGGAGGUUGAGGGGUGGUGCAGGGAUGGGGGCUGGUGUGGAGCGGAAAGUGGAGAGGCCCAAGUUUUCGUUUACGCUGACAAAAGAGGAGAUUGAAGAUGAUUUUCUGCUUAUGACUGGUGCCAAGCCGCCGCUGAAGCCUAAGACGAGGCCAAAGCGUCUUCAGAAGAAAUUGAAUGAUCUUGUUCCAGGGCUUUGGCUGAGGGAGGAGAUAACUCCGGCGACAUACAGGGUUCGUGAAAGGCAAUCAAAGAAGGGUUUGAAGUGAAGAAAAAGUGGGUGUCGUUUUGAGUAGUGGGCCUAUUCUGAUUGCAGGCACUGUUGGCGUUGGAGUGGCUAAUAUUAGUUUUAAGUAAUACACAUCAACUAUAGACUAGUUUGCAACUAGAACUUAGUUGGGUUGAAUCAGGAUUUCACCUGAAAGAUAGAUUGUUCUUUCAGAACUCCUGUUGUUUUAUAUUUCUGUUGUUUUGGUUUAGACGAUAACUAUGUUUCGUACUUUUUGUUCUGUUGCCCUGCUUUCCUAAAUUGAAGGGUACCUAGAAGUAUCCUGGAUUAUUUGACA